AUGGUAUACGCUGAACCAAACAACACAUCUGAACUCACCGAAGCACUCCAGGGAGGUGGCAAGCAGCUCGUUUACUUGACCGCUACAUGGUGCGGUCCAUGCAGACAGAUUGCUCCACACUUUACAAAGGCCUCUGAUGAUGCCGCUAAUGCUUCAAUCAAGUUUUUCAAGGUCGACAUUGAUAAGUGCAAUGAUCACCCAAUCGUCAAGGAUGUCACUGGUGUACCAACAUUCAUUGCCCUCCACAAUGGAACACAGAUUGAUGUCUUCUCUGGUGCCAACCUAACAAGACUGAACACUUUGGUUGCCAAGCUGGUUGCUGCUUAA